AUGCCGCUCCCGCAGCCUGCGCCUUCGAGCCUCGCGGCCGCGACAGACAACGCUCUGGACCAGCUGGAAGUCCGCAUCUGCGACUUCGGCUGGAGCGCAGAGGUGCUGGUUGAGCAGGCGCUGAAGACGACCUGCGGCACGCCGAACUAUUGGCCGCCGGAGAUCUUCGAAGGCUUGCCGCAGAGCUACGGCUCUGACAUCUGGUCGCUGGGCAACCUGGUCUACGAGCUGCUGGUGGGCCACGCGCCGUUCUGGGGCAGCCAGGAGGAGAUCCGCCAGAAGGAGGGCGCCGAGAUGUGA